GAGCCUUGUGCUGAAACAUCGUCUACCGUUCGAAUGCGUGUCGAUGAUGCUGUAUGUGGGGGAUGCGGGUUUCAAAUUCGAGAGCGAUUCCUUCUCAAGGUGAUGGACGAAUUUUGGCAUGAGAGUUGCUUGUCAUGCUCAACGUGCCAUUUACGACUGUCGGAUAAUUCGAGUUGUUUUAUCAAAGAUGGUCAUGUUUAUUGUCGCGAGGACCAUGCACAGUUAGUCCUCCAUUCUGUUGUCGUGAUUCCAAUUAUCCUCAUCACUUUCUACUUACCGUGA